AUGCCGUAUCCCGAAGAAGCCGAGGGGUUCCAGGUUGACAGCCCGAAUACCUAUACCGAUUUCAAGAAGCGCUCUUUCAAAUUGAAGCCGUUUGGCGAUUAUGACGUCGACAUCAAGAUAGAAGCGUGCGGUGUCUGCGGUAGCGAUGUACAUACAAUUAGCGGUGGAUGGGGAUCACAGAAAUUCCCUCUUUGCGUUGGACAUGAAAUCAUCGGCCGUGCCAUCCGCGUUGGCCCCAAAGUGACCCUGAUCAAAGAGGGCCAGCGCGUCGGCGUCGGCGCCCAGUCAUAUUCCUGCGGCGAUUGCAAGCAGUGCAAGAACGGAAACGAGAACUAUUGCCAGGUGCUCAUGAUCGACACAUACGGCUCUGAGUGGCCCGAUACUGGCAUUAUCAGCCAGGGUGGAUACUCAUCGCACGUCCGCACGCACGAGCACUGGGUCUUCCCCAUCCCCGAGUCGCUGCAGAGUAACCUCGUCGCGCCAAUGCUCUGCGCCGGACUGACCGCGUACUCGCCCUUGGUCCGCAAUGGCGCCGGACCCGGCAAGAAAGUUGGUAUUGUCGGUCUGGGCGGCAUUGGGCACUUCGGUGUCAUGUUCGCCAAAGCUCUGGGCGCAGAGACAUGGGCGAUCUCCCGGUCGCGGGCGAAGGAGGCGGAUGCGCGAAAGCUAGGAGCCGAUGGCUACAUUGCUACAGCAGAGGAGGGUUGGGAGAAGUCUCAUCUGUAUUCCUUCGAUAUAGUUAUCAACUGCGCGAACUCUUCCAAGGGAUUUGAUCUAGAGAAAUACCUCUCCAUGAUGGAUAUUCAUGGCCGAUGGAUCAGCGUUGGACUGCCUGAGGAGGAGGGACAAGUAAUCAAAGCGCAGAAUUUGAUUUCCAAUGGUGUUUUGAUCGGAGCCAGCCACAUUGGAAACAGACAGGAGACGCUGGAGAUGCUGCAGUUGGCGGCUGACAAGGGGCUAAAGGGGUGGGUGGAAGAACUGCAGAUUGGCAGCGAAGGCCUGAAGGAAGCGAUGGAGCGGAUGAAAAAGGGAGAUGUGCACUAUCGGUUUACCAUGACGGGAUAUGACAAGGAGUUUGCAUAG